UUUGUUUUGGGUUUUUGGUUUUUUUGUUUGUUUGUUUGUUUUUUUUUGAGACAGGGUCUGUGUGUAGCCCUGGAUGUCCUGGAAUUCUCUCUGUAGAUCAGGCUGGCCUCAAACUCAGAGAUCUGCCUGCCUCUGCCUCCCAGUUUCAUUUAAAUCUUGACUUCUUGAACAUCUGGACACCUGUGAUAUCACACCAACGCUGGGACACCUUAAGUCACUUCCCAGACCUGGAUUCUCAGAUUUCUCCUAAACUUCAAAAUCCCUGCAAUGCAACCUUCACCCUAAAUUUUUGUGUCCCAGAAUGUCACACAUUCUUUUAACAAUCAUGGUUCCUGGUAACAGUGUGUUUGUGUGUAGGACAGCACAGCUUUGUUUCCACUGUGGGGCAUCAACUCUGGUGGAUGUGGGAUGGGGGAGCCAGUUGGCAGGCCCCAUGCCCAGUCCAGUCUGGAAGCACACUCCCUUCUAUACCUUUCCACAGGGUCUCAGGGACUGGAAUCAGGAAAACAAGGCGUGAGGGUCUGUGGAAGUGUGAAUCAGCCUCCAAGGCUCUCUGGUGUGUGCAGCUGAGAGUUUGAGUGGGUUGCAACCGAGUGUCUGUAGUAGAUUAACAACUCUAGUAAGAUAGAGGGCGGGUGGCUGAUGUCGCUGGGCUCACCCAACCAGGACAGGGUCGCUGGACUGGAUCCCGGCUCAUUGCCUGGAUGGAAGCAGAACAUUAUCCCCCUCCGAACUGAACCCGCCCCAAAGCAGAGCCGGCUCCACUCCUCCCUCUGGGCACAUUUAAUAGCCUCUAAUUACAGCACAUUACCCCACCCGCCAGAGAGGGGAGGGGCUACUAGUGGACCCAGGGGUCAAAGGGCGUGGUCUGGGCUUUACCCCUGGCGUCAAAGCCCGUGUACUUUGUAGCCGCUGUUUACUCAUUUGCAAAGCGGCGGAUUAAAAAAAAAUUAAAUAAAAAAAUUAAAUAAUACAGUUUCUAAAAUUAAGAAACAAAACCUGGGAAUUAAAGUAGCCCUUGUCUCCUAGGGUCGUGGAAAACAUUCAAUUGUCUGUAGAUAUAUAGCUUAUUGUAAAGUCUGAAAACAGUAAGCACUCCACAAAUGAUGUCUUGAGACUUUAUUGUCAAAAAAUUCUAAGCUCUCUGCGCUCCCCUAAACCGGCUCAACCGGUGGACGCACCCUUUUCCCAGAAGGAUGCGUUCCUACGUUCUGCGCGCCCCCUGGUGGGCUUCAGAUCACCCGCAGCUUUGGCCAGGUCGAGUGUUUUUUAGGGCAGGAAGGUGCUCAAAGCACCCGGGGCCGGGAAGGAGCAGAGUAGCUCGCAGGAAAGAGACCCCGGGCUGGGCAAGUGCUAUGUCCUUUACUCAGGACAUACUUGACCCUUCCUGCUCCCAACCAUACCCGAGUUUUCAGAAGGACUCCAGCCAGAAUCACUUCUCUGGGGAAGACGCUUUUAAGAUCCUCUCACUCCACGACUACAGGAUUUAUAAUUAUUCUCUGCGCCCACAUUAAGAAAGGCUCAGAUCAUAACGCGGCUAAACCGGAGGAUUUCUUUCAGCUUUGGGGGGGAACCAUUAAAGUGCCUGUGAAACUGGGUGCGGUAGAUCCGCCUUAAAAGGAUCUUGAGGACCACUCCACUACAUAAAGAGAAGCCGCGAGGAGUGGAGGUCACCAGCAGCAGGACUGAGCCAGACUGACACCUAGCGGCAGAAUGUGCACUUGCCUAUGUCCCGCAUCUAAGAUGGCGAGUUGCAGACGUUCCAAGUUUCACCCCCCUGUGCCAGUCCCCAGGACCUGAGCAGCGGACUCGCCAUAGCCCAUGUGCUGAAUCAGAUAGACCCUUCCUGGUUCAACAACGAAUGGCUCCAGGGCAUCUCAGAGGACUCAAGCCCCAGCUGGAGGUUGAAGGUCAGGAAACUGGAGAAGAUCUUACAGAGCUUGGUGGAAUACUCGAAGAAUGUUCUGGGGCACCCUGUGUCAGAUCAGCAUCUCCCAGAUGUGAGCCUCAUUGGCGAGUUCUCAAAUCCUGCAGAACUUGGCAAACUGCUUCAGUUGGUACUGGGCUGUGCUAUCAGUUGUGAGAAAAAACAGGAGUAUAUCCAAAGAAUUAUGACCCUGGAGGAGUCUGUUCAACAUGUAGUGAUGGAAGCCAUCCAGGAGCUCAUGACCAAAGACACUCCUGAUUCCCUGUCACCAGAGAAUUACGGGAAUUUUGAUACACAGUCCCGCAGGUACUAUUUCCUGAGUGAGGAGGUGGAGGAGGGUGAUCAUCUUCAGCAACAUUACCUGGAUCUGGAGCGCCAGCUCUUGCUCCUUUCAGAGGAGAAGCAGAAUCUGGCACAAGAGAACGCUGCCCUUCGAGAGAGGGUGGGCCGGUCGGAAGUGGAGAGUGCCCCGGGCCUCACAGCUAAGAAGCUAUUGCUUCUGCAGUCACAGCUAGAACAGCUUCAAGAGGAGAAUUUCAGGCUGGAGAGUAGCCGGGAAGAUGAUCGGCUUCGCUGCCUGGAACUAGAGCGCGAGGUCGCUGAGCUGCAACAACGGAACCAGGCACUGACCAGCCUAUCCCAGGAGGCACAAGCACUAAAGGAUGAGAUGGAUGAGCUGCGGCAGUCCUCCGAACGUGCAAGGCAGCUGGAGGCCACUCUGAACAGCUGCCGUCGUCGCCUGGGCGAGCUCCAAGAGCUCCGGCGGCAGGUGCGGCAGCUGGAGGAGCGAAAUGCAGGCCACGCGGAGCGCACGCGGCAGCUGGAAGAGGAGCUGCGCCGUGCAGGAUCCCUGCGUGCCCAGCUCGAGGCUCAGCGCAGGCAGGUGCAAGAGUUGCAGGGCCAGUGGCAGGAAGAGGCCAUGAAGGCUGAGAAGUGGCUGUUUGAAUGCCGAAACCUAGAGGAAAAGUGUGACCUGGUGACAAAGGAGAAGGAGCGGCUAUUGACUGAGAGGGACUCCCUGAGGGAGGCCAAUGAGGAGCUCCGCUGUGCCCAGCUGCAGCCCAGGGGAUUGGCUCAGGCUGAUCUCUCCCUGGAUCCUACCCCUUCUGGCCUGGAAAACUUAGCAGCAGAGAUCCUGCCUGCAGAGCUCAGAGAGACGCUAGUGCGACUUCAGCUGGAGAACAAGAGACUGUGCCAGCAGGAGGCCGCGGACCGGGAGCGACAGGAGGAACUGCAGCGCCACCUGGAGGAGGCCAACCGUGCACGCCAUGGGCUGGAAGCACAGCAACGGCUGAACCAGCAGCAGCUGUCGGAGCUGAGGGCGCAGGUGGAAGAGCUACAGAAGGCCUUGCAGGAGCAGGGGGGCAAGACCGAGGACGUGAGUGCCUGCCUCCUCCCUGCUUGGCCCUCCCUUGUGCUCCCCAGUAAUCCCCCUUUCUCCCUCCCCCCUUGCUGCCCGAUGCCUGAAGAAGGCCACUGUGAGUACCACGGGUCCAGGGAGGCGCACCACUGUUACCUGCACAGCUUCUCAGACCUUGUCCCCGUCCCCUCACUCCCCGCUGCUUCUCUUCCCCAGCCCACCCUGCUGAAGAGGAAGCUGGAGGAUCAUCUGCAGAAGCUGCAUGAGGCUGACCUGGAGUUGCAGAGGAAACGAGAAUACAUUGAGGAGUUGGAGCCUCCCACUGACAGCAGCACAGCUCGGCGGAUCGAGGAGCUACAGGACAGUCUGCAGAAGAAGGAUGCAGACCUGCGGGCCAUGGAGGAACGAUACCGCCGCUACGUGGACAAGGCGCGCACGGUCAUUCAGACCCUGGAACCCAAGCAGAGGCCACCCACUGUGGUGUCCCCAGAAUUCCAUACCUUGAGGUCACAGCUCUGGGAGCGGAACCUGCGGAUACGGCAGAUGGAGAUGGACUAUGAGAAGAGUCGGAGACGGCAGGAACAGGAGGAAAAGCUGCUUAUCAGUGCCUGGUACAGCAUGGGCAUGGCCUUGGAGCAUCGGGCUGGGGAAGAGCACGCUCCUGCCCAUGCCCAGUCCUUCUUGGCACAGCAAAGACUGGCCACCAAUGCUCGCCGUGGACCCCUGGGGCGCCAGGCUCUGAGCCUCCGCCCCACUGACAAGCACUGACAAGACCUCGACUUCCUGCUGCCUGCUGGAGUCUUCCAGUUUACAUUUACCCAGCUGGGCCUUUGACCUUGAUUGAGCCUGACUUCUGCCCUUUGCUUCCUUAGAUGGGAGAGAAGGGGACAGGCAGGUAGCAGGUGUGGAACUAUUCCUUUUAGCAAUGUGAUUCUUCUUGAUUCUUCUCCUGGGCCUCGUGUACUACCUGGGAAGAGCCUGAUUUUAUAUUUGAAAAGAAUAAAGACUUUAAAUCUGUCAUGAAUGUACUCUAGACACAAUGACGAAGAAUAAAAACUGCACUGGGGACACAGACCAUUGCUUUUAAAAUAAAGUUUUUACAUGUAUGA